CUCUAUUGGUUUAUUGCCUUUCUUCUCUGUCCCUCUCUCUCUUUUCCCAAAAUGGAUAAAAAACCCUGCAAUUCUCAGGAUGCUGAAGUGAGAAAAGGGCCAUGGACCUUAGAAGAAGACUUGAUUCUUAUCAACUAUAUUGCUAAUCAUGGUGAAGGUGUUUGGAACUCUCUAGCCAAAUCUGCUGGACUGAAACGUACUGGAAAAAGUUGCCGCCUCCGAUGGCUGAACUACCUGAGGCCUGAUGUCCGCAGAGGUAAUAUCACAGAUGAAGAACAACAGUUGAUCAUGGAACUGCAUGCUAAGUGGGGGAACAGGUGGUCCAAAAUCGCAAAGCAUCUGCCAGGAAGAACCGAUAACGAGAUUAAGAAUUUCUGGAGGACCAGAAUCCAAAAGCACAUAAAGAAUGCAGAAACAUUCACUGCGCAGAGUUCUGAUCAGACACAUGAUCAAGCAACUACAAGCCAAGUCAUGGGUGCUGCACAUGUUGCUGAUUCUUAUUCUCCACCAUCCUACCCUGCCAAUCUCGAGGCUUUUCCGGGUCCUUCAUCGGCUGAAUCCAAUGAUAAUUUCUGGACCAUGGAAGACAUCUGGUCUAUGCAGCUACUUAAUGGAGAUUAAGUACAAAACCAUAUAUAUAUAUAUAUAUAUAUACUCUAGUUUGCCCUAAAUAUUAGGUUUGUCUAUAGCUGAAACCUUAGUAUUUUCUAUAUGAUAAGGUCGAACCAUAUAUUCACUGCUGUAAUAUAAUAUUUCUACCUCUAUAUCUAUAUAUAUACAUAUA